UCCUGGCUCACCUGUUCCGUGGCACCGGGAACCUCAGGUGCCGUGUUCCUGCAGAAGCCAUGCUCCUGCAGACGCCAUGGAACUAAUGGAAGAAGGUGUGCUCACUAUUUCGUAUGCACCGCAGCGAACCCCCUGCUCGUCGUUCCAGGCCAAAGCAAGCCCCGUGGGUCACGGGCAGGACGGAAAACAGCUACUGGAAUGUAGAUCAAGAAAUAAGACAAGACCAGAACCACAUUCCCCCAUGCCACCUCGACAUCAGCACCAUUUGAAUCGCAAUGGCAGAGGGUCUUGGUCAAGUGGUAUCGUGGUACGUCUGCACCAUCGUCGCCUUCAUCUUUGUGGUGGCACGGCUGUGGAUCCGCGUCAGCAAAUUCGGGUCUCUGGCGCUUGAAGAUGGCUUCAUCAUCUUGGCGACAUGCUGUCUCGUCGGAGACCUGGCAAUCCAGCAGUACAUGUGGAACCUGGGCAUGGCCGAGAUGGGCACCGCCAGUCGACAGGACUUCAUCCACAUCAUGCAGAUGAUUGUGCCCGGAUCGAUUCUCUACGUCUCGUCGCUAUGGGCCAUCAAAAUCGCCCUCGUGCUGUUCUACAAGAGGCUCGCUGCGAGAGGAACAAAACUACAAAUCAUUUACAACGUCGUGUUGGGACUGCUGGCGGCUACGUGGACUCUAAUUUUCUUCCACAUCAUCUUUCAGUGUUUCCCGCACAACAAGAGAUGGUCCCUAGAUCCGACAUACCAAUGUGAUCCAGCCAACGCGAAUGUUAAUUACUGGAUUACUAUCCUCUUGAACAUCUUUAGCGAUGUGAUCAUCAUCAGCUUGCCCAUUUCGAUGGUUCUCAACCUUCAGAUGAAGUUCAAGCAAAAGCUCGGCGUGACCGCAAUCUUUGCGCUUGGAUUCUUCGUCGUCAUCGCGAGCAUUAUCCGAGCGUACUAUUCGAAGCGCAACGAAACCAUGCUGACCUGUACGGUCUCCAUGGUUGAAACCGCUGUGGCAAUCAUAGCCACAUGCCUCCCGCCCCUCCGAACCGUCCUCCUAGGCCAUUCGUCGAGCGCAGGAACCGGCUCCAACUACGGACACUACGAACUCUCCUCGGCCGGUCACAAUCGAAGUCGACGAACCCAGCAAAGUCGCAUCACGACCAAUAUUGUUGGGGGAACACAACAGAGAGGGAACGACUCUGAGGAUGAGUUGGUCAAGGAGGCCGUGUCGGUCGCUUCAGGGGCCGGUGGGUCAGUUGCGUCUGGCACAGGCACUCGAACACAAGACAAGAGCGGGAUUACAGUGAGCACAACGUUGCAGAUGCAUCAUGGGAGGGGGGACGCUACAAGAUCCGAAGCGAAGUAUAGUAAUUUUGCUUACUAGUGUUGCAUGAUGGAGGGCCCUCCAACUGCGACGUUAAGUGGUCUAGAACUAUUUAUGUUCUGGGAAGAUGUUGCUUCAAUAGGGAGAGUCAGCCAGGUUCAAGCUGUUGUAAGUUUCCGGCACGUAUCAUAUGUCUCCAUAUGAGAGACUAGGAUCAGGGAAUUUGGGUAGCGACAAUAUUUUAUUCUCGGAAUAUAGGGAAUAGUUGUCGCUGGAGUCUUAAUAAUACUGGAUACCGGCCAAUUAUGCGACUCAUAUGGAUACGGAGAGUGUUAGGUCCAGGAAGCGCGGGACAGUUUUGCUUACCCUACAGGACAUGUUUCCUAAAACUACACUCCUAUAUAUCACCAAUAUACCUAUAUAAUCACAAGAGACCUUGGCUAUACAGUGUGUAUUCCAAUAUAAUGCGG